UGGAUCGGCUCUGAGGGGUGAGGGAUGGACAACGAGCAGCCGCCCGAGUCCUCGGUCCCCGAUGGGGUGACACUGGGCUUCGUCACUCAGCUGAUGAUCUUCGCCCUGUCGGUGCUGACGGUCCUGGCCUGGUUCGUUCAGAUGACCCGGAGGUCUCCAUUACCCCCAUCGGCCGGUGCCCGGUCACUUCUCACAUCACUGUGCCGGUUCCCUUCCACCGGAGACAACUGGAGCACAGCCUGGGCACAGGCCCUGAAUGUGGAGUCCCAGAGAAGCCAGAGUUCCCUAAAGAUGCAAUUUGAAGAGAAUUUCUCCAUUCAGCGAAAUGUGCAAAUCAGCGAUGUUACUUGUACAAAGCAUUGUGACAACUGCAUGGUGUUCCAUUGCAAUAUUUCAGCAGACGCUGUCAAAUUUCCAGUCUUCGUUACCCAAGAGUCUCUUGCUGCUGUAACCUGUGAGACUUACCAGGUAUCCUUAACUAUAGAACAGGCACAGGUAGAAGUUAAACUACAGGAACUGGUACAGGAAGGGCUGCUCGUGUCCUGGAGUUUCAAGGACCGACCCAAGAUAUUGCUUGACAUUAAGCCUAGUCGUUCACAUCAGAGCACUGAGAGGAGUGCAGAUCUUUGCAUAUUACAAGAUCUAAUGCAGAAUGCUUUGUUCUCAGCGGAACCUGCCAUGAUAUUUACCUUAAAUGCUAAUAACGGUGAUAUGGGUAUUUGUGACAAGCUACUGAUGGAAUCCUCCUCAAAAGCAGAGCCUUUCAGACUAAUUGUUCAACAGCUGCGUCUACACAAUGUAAUGCUGCUAGAUGCAGAUGUUCAGUUGAUGUGUGAAGCUGAGCUGGACAAUCCCUUCCAAAGGAAACAGACCCGAGCUGUCAGAUUGCAGAACAAAGGGGAGGUCUGCAGUGUCUCCUGGAGUGAGGAAAUGACAUUUGACCUGACACUUCAGAGUAAGAGCCUUUCUUUGAAGAUAUGGCAGUUGUCUCAGAGUACAGACAAUGUCCUUUUGGGGUACACCUUGGUGGCUCUGUGUUCACCGAGUAGAGAAAUGAGUCGAAGGCGUGUAUACCCUCUGACUCCAAGUCCAGUGUUGCCUAAAACCACAAUGCAAGCCAUCUCUGUGGAGGCUAAUCUUAUUUAUGCUGCUCUGGCACCAACUGAAAGACUGAGCAUCACACCUACUAAGAAAGUGGAGAUGGAUCGCACUGUGAUGCCAGAUGGUACCCUAAUAACCACUGUAACUACUAUUCAGUCCAGACCCAAGUUUGAUGGGAAGAUGGAUUCUGCUGUCAGGUCUCCAACAAAAGUAGAAGUAUCGGAGAACAAACCAGUCGUGUUGCCUCACGCCUGCUCUUCUGGCUCCUUUCCAAGUGGAAGCGAUAGCUUCAUGUACUUACUGGAGGGAUCUCCUGUCAAAUUGGAUUCUGUGGCAGAAACGGCAAUUAGGCAACUGACUGAGCCAACAAACAAGCCAUCCAAGAAGACUCCCACCAAACGUAGCACUUUAAUCAUUUCAGGAGUGUCAAAGGUUCCUGUUGGAGAAGAUGAGAUGGCUCUAUCACUGGGAUAUGCAGCUUCUAUGGACGCCUCAUUACAGAGUCCUUCUAACAUUAUUCAAGAUUCAUUAGUUGAAGCUUCUGCAGAUUUUCUUUCUGAGGUGACACUUUCUUUGGGCCGGGAUACCUGUGACACCACAAAAUCAGAUAUUUCUGGCUGGCCAUCACUGGAUGAUGUAGAUUCUGAAACGGGAUCGAUUCGGGCCUUGGAGACUCGGAGCCUUAAAGAUCACAAAGUUGGAUUUCUCCGCAGUGGCACUAAGCUUCCCUUCAGUCGGCAUCGUCAGAAUGCAGGUCUGAGCCAGUCACAUGACGACUUGUCUGAUGCCUCUGCUAACUCUCAUAAGAAGAUUGGCAGUCUUCCAAGGCGUCUCUUAAAGCACUUUUCUCUAAAGACAAAAUCUAAGCCCAGUGUUAAUGGGAGUGCUCAGGGUGGAGAUAAGUGAUGGAAUAGAUGUUGCAUUUUAGAACACUUCUACCUCUGUCCCAGUACUGCAUGUCCCAGCAUAGCUGCCAAGCUGUGAUUUAUGUUUUCCCAUUCAGCCCAUAUGUAUGAGCCAUUAUAAAUGCAUACUGCUUAUGUUAAACUGCAGUUUUGUUGAGAAGAAAAGAUAUCCACUUCU